AAAGAAACGGAGAAACCGCCAAGAAAUUCGAAACCGAGAGAUUCGAAAUGACUAACGGCGGAUUUGAUGGAACACAACUUAAGUCGCUCAAAUAAUCAGUAAUUUGUUCGUAAUGUUAUUUUUUAUGGAUUCUCUCUCUUUCUCUCUCCCUCCGAUCUGAUUGCCCGCUUUCAGGUUUACUGGAGAGGGUGUGUGUAUGAGCGGUAUUUUUUUCAUAUUUAAUGAAAUACGAAUAGAUUAUCAAGAAAAGUUGGGACCUUUAAGGUGUAUGGGAGUGUAAGCAGGGAAUAGUUGAGAGGAAGGCGUUUUUGGCUGAGAAAACACGAUGUCUCCUAGAGAUAGUAACCAAUCGAGAGCUCAAAAACAGAAGAGGCGGACAAGGAGUUCGAAAGCCAAGUAUCUUAAACCAGGUGCCCUGGAUCUGAUUCGGUAUAGAAAGGUGUCGGCUGCCAAGUCUUGUACAGAUCUUGGGAAGAAAAGGAUAGCUGUGAUGGAUGCAGAUGAGCCGAGUGUUGAUGCCGGGCUUCAGAAUAAGGUUAUUGUUAGAACCCCAUCUGUUUUAUCUCCCGUGAAGGUUAGAUUUGGUUCUGUUUGCACCCCAUUUAAUGUGUCAAAGGUGCAUAGUUUGCAAAAGACUCCGAGGACGCCUGGUGCGGAAGUGUUUGAGUCAGAGUCUUGGCUUGAAUCGCUUCCCAUGGAUUUACUGGUGAAAAUACUUUGUCACCUCCACCAUGACCAACUCAAACCCGUCUUCCAUGUCUCCCAGAAGAUCAGAAAGGCUGUAAUUCAAGCUAGACAAUUCCAUUUUAAUUAUACUACUCCAGAUCGAACUCGACAAGAGAUGUUGAGGAUCAUGACACCACUUCCUACAGACCACUGGCCUUUUCUAAGCAAGGAGAAUGGGAAAGAUAUGUUACCCCCGAGCCCACACACCCCAAAAGCCCCAAGGCAAGGUCCUCGCCCCCCUUCACGUUUCAAGAAAACCGAAAUCCGCCAAGUUGCAGCUGUCCUCUUUCAAGAAUCUACAUUUCCUUCAAGAUGCUUAGUACCAUCUGUUAUGUCAAAGCCUUCGUGCAAGUCAUUGGGUUCCAAUAGGGUUCUCUUCUACGAAGACGAGCUCUGCCAGGCCGUGGCACAGAACAAACUUCUUUGAUUGCCAUUUUUAGCCUCUUUCGAACAUAGCUCCUUUGUUUUUUCGUGUGUGCCUGCGUGUUGUGUGUGUACAUAUAUAUGGUAGCAGUGUGGAUGGGGUGCAUUUUUGUCAUUUUUACAGGAGCCCUUGUUUGGAGUUGUGGUGAUUGAUAGAUUAUGUUAGGGUUAGAGAUGAAAAGUCUGAACCUAAUAAUACGUUUAGUACGUU